CGUCUCCUACAAAUGAAUUUAUGGAUUUAUGCGAUCCCGAUUGUUUUAGUGGGUUUAUUAUUCCACUUUAUACGUAGAAUCUAUAAACCUCUUAAAGAAUUGGAUUUCAUUCCAACUGUUUCUGUCUUUAAAUUCUUGUUAUUAAUGAUACGUGAUAAAGGACAGUAUGAAAUUCAAAAGCUAAUUUUUGAAUCGGAUCCUGAUAGGAUUGGUUUAGUAAAAGUUUCUUUUGGAUUGAGUUGGUUGAUUCUUAUAACCGACAUCGAACUUGCUAAAGUAUUUUUCUCUGAGAGUGCAUACACCCUUCCAAAGGGCGAUUUACCCGAAAAACAUCCAGCAAUUAUUUUCUUUGGAAAAGGGGUGGCAUUCACGAAUGGAGACCGCUGGGUACGACAACGAAGAAUAGCAACGCCAGCAUUUAAUCGAGCACUUCGCCCUGAAAUGGUUGGGGAAUGCACUAAUGAAUUUAUAACUUUGUUAAACAAGUGGACAGGUACUCCGAUUGAUGUGUUUUCAUUAAUGCAACGUAUUACUAUUCAAAUAUUAGGAAAAUUGGCUUUCGCAUACGAUAUGAAAGCAUUGGAUAGUUUGGAGGAACAGCCAUAUUUUUUAAAAACAUAUAGCCAAAUUAUUCAACAUGUUACAGCUCCAUCCUUUGUAUUAUUCUCAUUUUUGAAUUCACUCCCUCUUAAAAAAAAUGUUGGACUCUCUUUAUUAAUUAAAGAGUUUGAUGACUUUUUAUUUAAAAUGAUUGAACAACGAAGGCUUGAAAUGGUUAAAAACGAAAAUGAUAGUGAAAAUACAGAUUUAUUGGCUGGAAUCUUGGAAGCUGCUAAUCGUGAAGAAUACAACUACACGGAUAAAGAACUUAGAGAUGAUAUUGUUGUUUAUUUUGCUGCCGGACAUGACACUACAUCAGUUUCAUUAAGCGUUGUGUUUUAUUAUUUAGCAAAAUAUCCUGAUAUUCAAAAAAAGGCUCGAGAAGAAGCAAUUAAUGUUUUGGAAAAUACUUCAGAAUUACCAACUUUUGAUAAGAUUAAGGUCCUAAAAUACAUAACUGCAAUAAUUAUGGAAUCGCUUCGCAUUUGUCCACCAGUAGUACAAACAUUAUUCCGUACUCCUACUAGGCCAUUAAAUUUAUCAAAAAAUAUUACGAUACCGAAAGGAGUAAAGAUUACAGUGAAUUUAUGGCAAAUUCAUAGAAAUCCAAAUGUUUGGAAUGAUGCUGAUAAGUUUAUACCUGAAAGAUUUAUGAAUCCUGAAAAAGAGACGAAAAGUAAUUGGGUUCCAUUCUCUAGUGGACCUAGAAAUUGCCUUGGCCAAAAUUUUUCAAUGAUGGAACAAAAAAUUAUUAUUGCAAUGACAU